AUGAGUCUCCCGGACAGUGAGACCCUGAUGAAAACAGUGCUCGAAAAGUAUCCAGACGCUACUGAUUUAAAAGAAGACAUUGAUGUGCAUAUGGAAGAGUUCAAAGCUUUUGAGUAUCGCUUCAAAUUGACCAACGUUGUUCUCCGGGCUCUUACUCUUCCCAUCCCGAAACUUGAAGAUGAAUCAGAAGUGGUGUUCGAAGGAAGAAGUAUCACGUACCACUGGACUUUCUGGACCGGAGACGACGAGAAAAAAAUUGUGUCCUGGGUGAAUUAUAGCCCGAAGCCAAUCGCUAUUCAAACGUUGAAAAAUAAAAGUUCCCAUCGAAAGAAAGACAUUACCUACAGCCAGUAUAUUGAUAUCAAAGGCACCGUUGAGCCAGGAUUUGUCGUACCAAAAAACUACUUUGUGCCACAUCCUGACCCAGACCUCCAACCAGAGGAUGCCGUUGUUCACUACCAGAUUUUGACCAGCAUGAAAGAUUCCAUCGAGGAUAUGCCUCAUUUGAUGUCGGAAACAAAGCUCGAUUGCGAAAUGUACAUAAAGGACCGCUUUGAGGAGUUGCUCCAGGAGUACCAAGAGAGCAAGAACACAUACUACUUGGCCCGUGCCGACUUUUACCGCAAGCUGAAAUUCGAGCACUUGGAUCUGGAUCAUCAGCUUCUUAUCUCCGCAGCCAAUCGAGAUUGGAUUGACGGAUAUUUCUUGGAGAAGGAGCUUCGCGCUUCAUAUUCCCUCAAAAUUGAUAGUCUUGCGUGUUGA